AGUUUGUGUUUGUUAAAGCUAAAUUGUUACGAAUUCUCUGUAUUUAUUUCUUUUGAUCCAACUUCUGUUACUCUCUACAGUCAACAAAGAAUGUUUGCAGUUCAAGUUUUUGAGUUGCAUAGACUAAUUAAGGUCCAAAGGCUGAUUGCUGGAUCACCACAUGUUUUGCUUGAGGAUGGUGCAUAUCUGGGUAAACCUUCUUUCAAGGGCUCUACUGCGAAGAAACUUACUUCAGAGUAUGCUGUAAAACCAGUCCUGCAAAUUAAGUGCAAGGAUGAUUCUGAGAAGCCAAGCCAUAAACUUGAAUGUUCAGCAGAAAAUGCAGUUGGCAGGACGUGUCUCUCUUCGGUGAAAAAUGGUAGCCAGCCUUCAAAUUAUGGGCCAUACAUUGAAAAUCCUUCCCCAGCUCCCAUUCCCAUUGAUAACAAAACAAAUCCUUCUUGUUUCCAUCAAUUGCCUGGGCAUCAGUGGUUGGUCCCUGUCAUGUCCCCUUCUGAAGGACUUGUAUACAAACCCUAUACUGGACCUGGGUUUACAGGAACAGUUAGUGGAGGAUGUGGACCUUUUGGACUGUCUCCCAAGACAGGCAACUUCAUGAUUCCAGCCCCCCAUAAUCAUCAGUAUCAUCAAGGAUUGGGGUUUCUACCAGGUGCUCCUCCUGUAGGUCAAGUUUACUUCCCUCCAUACGGAAUGCCAGUUAUGAACCCAUUAAUUUCAGCUUCAACCAUGGAACAGAUGAACCAAUUUGCCCAGCCUGGUUCACAUGGGCAUGCCAAUUGGCUAUCUGGAGGGGCAGCUAAUUUCAACACCCAACAGCAAGGCUCAUGUAACUUGCCUGCUGAGAAUAAUGGUGCUAUUUCACGUAUGAGGAAGUCAAAGGACACUGAGCUACAGGGGAGCACUGCCAGUACUCCCAGUGAGAGAAUACAAGGGGAUCCUGGGAUCGGUAAUGCUACUGAAGGAAGAAAUGCACUCCCUCUUUUCCCUAUGGUCCCAGCUGCCCCGGAGGGAGCCUCCCAGCCUCAUGAUGCUGACCAGCAAACAAGAGUGAUCAGAGUUGUACCACAUAAUCCUAGAUCCGCUACUGAAUCAGCAGCUAGAAUUUUCCAAUCUAUAGAGGAAGAGAGAAAACAGCAUGACUCUGUUUAGCUUCAAACAAACUACAUCUUGGUAAAUGGUCUGUAACUCAUUUAGCUGGAUGCUUCUCUUGGUGAUCUUCUGUGUGCGUUUUUAGCAAUGUUCUGUAACAUUUUUUUUUGUACUACUCUGAUUAUAGUCUAUUCAUAUGUAGAUAGAUAUGUCUCUGAGAGAUUACAAGUGAAUGUAAUAUGAAAUUAGUGUCCUCUUCAACACUUGUUCACAUUGGAUUUAUUUUAGGCCAUAAAGAAACCUUCCUGAAAGAGAGGAUCGGUUUGUGGUUGUACCCUAAACUGUAUCAAUUUGACCACUAGUUUCCCUGUGACAUUAAUUUUUUG